AUGGCCGACCACAACGGGCCUGUACAGGCUUCGUCCUACGAGAGAACACCCCUGCUCCGUGGUACAAGUAACGAUGGCCAGAGUGACGGUAAUGGCCGAGACGGAAGGAACCCGGCUGGGAACGAAGACUUCGGCUAUCUCAACCGCCAAUUAGUGUCCUUGCGACGUCGCCGCUGGAUCACACUAUUUGCCAGCAUCUUCCUUAUAGUUGUGCUCGUCGUAACAUUGAUCCUUUCUGGGGUACUGUCACGGCGGAAAGGCAAGCCAAAGAUGAACUCAUCAAUAUGCAUGACGCCGGCCUGUAUUCACGCAGCGUCAGAACUCCUAUACAAUCUGUCACCCGACUACAAGACCGUUGACCCGUGCUCGAACUUCGACACACUGGUCUGCGAUGGGUUCAAUGCUCGUCACGACAUUCCCCAGGAUCGCUCGUCCUACUCCACGGCCUCUCUUAUGUCUGAUAAUGGGCAAACAACCCUCAGACACAUUCUUGAGUCAUCCUACCCAAAUGCCUCUCAGCAUUCGACAUUCUCACCUCAGAACCUGAUGAGCCUCGCUGCGUCCACUGACGAGGAAAACUUCCUCAUGAUGCAAGAGAGCUACAAUUCUUGCAUGAAUGAGACAGUACUACAACAGAUCGGCGUCGCGCCUUUGGUCAGUCUCAUUGACAAGGUCGUCAAGUAUUUCCCUGUUGCCGAAGGUACCUACGGUGGAGAUGAACUACUUCAGCUGGAGGAGUAUGCCAGCCUCAGUGACACUAUCUUGCUUCUGCAGCAGAUGCAGGUGACUUCCUUUGAGGCUCUAUCCGUCGGUGCUGAUGACAAGAACCCGGAUAUUGUCAUCGUUCAAUCUUCUCCAGCCGGACUGUCUCUUCCAUCACCAGAAUACUACUCGGACAAUGAUACUGUGAACCGAUACCAGUCUAUGCUGAGCGAGGUCUUCGGCGCACUCCUUCCAACCAAUUCCUCCAAAAGGUCAGCGCCUCAGCUCGCGCAAUCUGUCGUUGACCUCGAGAAGCAGAUUGCAGCGGCAACUCCACCUCCCGAGGACCAACAGGAUGUGACGAAAUAUUACAACAUCGUCAACGUUGCUGAUUUGGGCAAAAUCGGUCCUACCAUCGGCCUAGACGCUGUUGUCAAGGGCAUGGUACCUGCGAACUACACAGCAGACACCAUGCUGCUAGCUUUCCCAGAGUUUCUAGGCAAUGUGUCUGACAUUAUCUCGAAGACGUCCAAGUCAACCAUUCAAAGUUAUCUGAUAUGGCAGUUGAUCAAUUCCUACUCAUCUUACGUGGAAGGACCCGAAAUACAGCCCAUCACCCGCUUCUAUAAUGUCUUGUCUGGCAGAGACCCCGAAACGAAAUCAGAGCGCUGGAAGACAUGCUUGAGCUACGUUGACGGUACGCUUGGCUGGAUCCUCAGUCGAUUCUACAUCGAAGCCGCUUUCUCGGAAGAGGCCAAAAAAUACGGCGACCAGAUCGUCAUGGAAAUCAAGCAGCAGUUCAUCUCGAAGCUGACUGGUCUCGACUGGAUGGAUGAUUCCGUCAGGAAGCUGGCAACGAACAAAGUCAACAACAUUGACCAAAAGAUCGGCUAUCCAACGACGUCUCCUGACAUCAUGGACCCCGAAGCGUUGCGGAACUACUACAGCGGCCUGGUCAUCACGGAAUCGUUCUUCAACAGCUCGCUAUCUAGUAACAGAUGGGCGGAGAACAAGACAUGGUCGGCCCUCGGGCGGCCAGUGGAUCACGGAGAAUGGGGCAUGCAGGCCGAUAUUGUCAAUGCCUACUACAGUCCUGUUGGAAACGAGAUUGUAUUCCCAGCUGGAAUCAUGCAGUUUCCCGUAUUCUCUGUCGACUUGCCGAAUUACGUAUCUUACGGUGCCUUUGCGUCUGUCGCCGGUCACGAGCUUUCGCACGCUUUUGACAAUUCCGGCAGACACUACGACGAGCACGGAGACUACACCGAUUGGUGGACCAACCACACGGUCGAGGAAUUCUCUAAACGUGCAGAUUGCUUCGUCGACCAGUACAACAACUUCACAGUAGCGGUCAACAACGGGGAACCGUUGCAUGUCAAUGGCAGGCUGACUUUGGGCGAGAACAUCGCUGAUGCUGGUGGUGUAUCUGCAGCCUUCGCUGCUUGGAAGCAGCGCAUUGGGGCCACGCCGGACGAGAGUCUGCCAGGUCUGGACCAUUUCAGCCACGAACAGCUAUUCUUCGUCUUCUACGCCAACUGGUGGUGCGGCAAAACGCGACAGGAGCAGGCCAUUAACUACAUCUACACGGACCCGCACUCGCCAGCCUUUGCUCGCAUCCUGGGGACUACGGCGAACUCGCGAGCAUUCCGAGAGAGCUUCAACUGCCCUGUGAAGGAGCCGACCUGUGAACUUUGGUGA